AUGGACUUAGCUGGUUCUGAGAGAGUUUCUCUGACGAAAGCUGCUGGUGAGCGUCUUAAAGAGGGGGCUAACAUAAACAAAUCUUUGUCAGUAUUAGGAAAUGUGAUAAGGCAACUAAGCGAGGGGAAGGAGUUUAUCAGUUAUCGCGAUUCGAAAUUGACUAGACUGCUCUCACAGGCUCUUGGCGAUGUAUAUGGAUCUGUAGUAAAACCUUUAGUCGAUUCCUUCAUGGAAGGUUUCAAUGCAACAAUAUUUGCAUAUGGCCAAACAUCUUCUGGCAAAACACACACCAUUUUGGGCAAUAAAACAGAUCCUGGGCUUUUCCAAUUAGUAUCCAAUCAGUUAUUCCAGCAUGUGGCAGACCAGGUUGAUAAGAGGUACUUGAUUAGAUUCAGUUAUAUUGAAAUCUACAAUGAAAAGAUCAAUGACCUCCUGGAUAAGAGCAAUCAGGGUUUAACUAUAAGGGAAGAUAUCAAAGGAAAUGUGCUGUUUGAUGCAAGGGAAGCUGUCGUAGACAAUGUUGAUCAAGUUAUGGAGAACAUGAUGUAG